UGAUAACCGAACGAAACAUCUUGUUCGCGGUUGAACCGAUGACGAGCGCGUGUGAAGUACUUCGUGUAGUUCAGUGUAGUCGCGUGGCAGAGUAAAAACCAGUUAAAGGCUGACACCAGACUGACACUGUCUUUCAAUAUCAAACUAUGAUAUUUUAUUUCGCGAAUUCAAAAAUGAUCUUACCAUUUUCAAUCAUACGCAGAGGAAUUGCGGCGUCCAGAUCAUUGAAUAAUGUCAUCAAGCAUGUCACUGUUGUUGGAGGUGGCCUCAUGGGUGCGGGGAUCGCUCAGGUAACUGCACAAGCCGGACAGAAAGUCACAUUAGUAGAUUUGAAUACUGAUGUCUUAAAGAAAGCAGACGAAAGUAUACAGAAGAAUUUGAAACGUAUUGCAAAAAAAUUAUACCAGGAUAAUCCUGCAGACGGUGAGCAGAUGGUACAGGCUGCAUUAGCUUGUAUUGAAAUGAGCACAGACCUUCAAGAGGCCGUUAAAAAUACAGACCUUGUGAUUGAGGCAAUUGUGGAAAACAUUGUAGCAAAACAUGAGCUUUUUUCCAGCAUCGACAAUAUUGCCCCGGAAUCCACAAUCUUUGCCAGCAAUACAUCCUCGCUAUCAAUUGCCGAGAUUGCAUCAGUUACUAACCGCCAGGAAAAAUUUGCUGGUCUUCAUUUCUUCAAUCCUGUACCUAUAAUGAAGUUGCUUGAGGUAAUUCGAAUUCCAGAGACAUCGGAUGAUACAUACAAUGUUUUAAUGACCUGGGGCAAUGCCGUGGGCAAAACUUGUAUUACUUGCAAAGAUACACCGGGAUUUGUUGUAAAUCGACUACUUGUUCCUUACCUAGCCGAAGCUGUACGUCUUCUAGAGCGUGGAGACGCAAGUGCACGAGACAUUGAUCUAGCAAUGAAAUUAGGAGCUGGACAUCCAAUGGGCCCAAUUGAACUUGCAGAUUUUGUUGGCCACGAUACUACUAAGUCCAUCAUUGAUGGAUGGCACAAGAAAUUUCCUGAUAACCCAGUAUUCAAACCUACUGAAACACUCAACAAACUGGUAAAGGAAGGAAAACUGGGCAUCAAAUCUGGAGAAGGUUUUUACAAGUACAACAAAUAGGCAACAAAGCUGAUUUUCUGAUCGAGCUAAUGUACCCGUUGAUUUUUACUCACAUUUUUCUAACGUGACAAGGCAGAAUUCCGUAAUUUCUACAUUACUCGCUCAAUGGUCCGAUUUAUUGCGAUUCCAAGGUUUCAAGACGUACAAGAUUUUAUACUAGAGAAUAAAUACUUUUGUGCCUUAUCAA